UUACGAAAGGAAAAGUCAUCACCUCCAACUUCAUAUAUAUCUCUCUCUCAUCUAGCUCUCAAAUUAUCACAGAAAAGCACAGACAUAUACUCAUGGACUGGUUCUCUUGGCUAUCUAAAACCGGCCUUGAGCCGUCUCUUGUUUACGAGUAUGGUCUUGCUUUUGCCCACAACGAGCUCGAAGAAGAAGAUAUAGUUUAUUUCAACCAUGAGUUUCUACAGAGCAUGGGGAUUGCCAUAGCCAAACACAGGCUGGAGAUCCUCAAGCUUGCUAGAAAGGAGAAGGGAGCAAGCCCGCGUUCCAUGUCAAGGCUUCUGGUGGCGAUCAGGCGGACGAAGAGGUGCUUAGCCAAAUACAUCCGUACGUGGACUCGCCCCAAGGAGUCGUCGGCUCUCGUGGUUGUGCCGAGGCCCGGCUAUGGGACGAGAUGGAAGGGAGCGAUGUUGAAGAGGAACAAAAGAUUGAUGACGACGACAGCGACGGCGAAGCAAGGUAGGCUGCUGCUCACAAAUGGGAGUCCUCGUGUUGAUAAUUACUCGAGCCCUGUGGUGUAUGAUCUCCGGAAGGAGGAAAAGACGGAGAGCAGCGAUGAUGGGUACUGGUUGACCGGAGUCGAAGAGAUCAGGUGGGAUACUCUGUUUCAGGAUUUGAAACCCACGUGAAUUUUCUUCCCUUCUGUUGUUUUUUUCUGAUCUCUGGAGUUAAUUUUAAUGGUGAGAGAUGGGUUUUUUUGGGUUCUUCCACCAUAGGGUUUUGAAUCUUUUGAUUGUGUGUUUCAGAAGAUUUUUAUGUGUUUUUUUUUAAUUUUUUUUAAUUUUUUAUCGUUAGUGGUGGGUGGGUCAUGAAGAUGACAAACUUUAGCACCAUAGGUCUGCUUCAGCAAUGAGAUUGUCUCCCCUGCUUUUGUAUGUUCAAUGUCUUUAUUGAAAGAUAGAAAAGAAAGCACUAGUCUUUAGAGUCUUGGCCAGAAGAAGUGUAUGUGAUUUUUAUAUAUAUUUUUAAUUUUUAUAUGUAUGAAGGAAAAAAUUUCCUA